GUCCCGCUCUUCUAGUCACCUUUCCCCAGUAAUCUGACUGUCAAGGCCUUUUGAGAUAAUUUAAUGUUGGAUCAUUGAUUUACACUUCCAAAUUUGAAAUCAUUGAAGUCACGUCACAUGUGAGUUUAGGCCGAUUACUCUUGUCUGAAUUGAACAAGCAAGCCACUCGCGCUGGGAUGCAUUAUUCUGACUUGCAGAUUAAUUUUGUGCGUCACUUCCUUAUUGUAUUUCGCAAAUUCGAGCGCGUUAUGAUUUUGUUUCAUGUGGAAAGGAAAGGCUAGAACCAGCCGUGUAUAUUUCGUAAAGUUCUGUUGUAGCUGAAAUAAUUAUAUCUGCUGUUAAUUUCAAAAUGAGUGAAGACCCUGACUCUCCUCCCGAAAGGGAAAUGAAGGAUUUUCAGUUCCGGCAAAUGAAGAAAACCCGUGUCUUUGAUUCACCUGACAACCUGCCGAAGGAUAGAUCAAGUCUGCUCGCCAUCUCCAACAAAUUUGGACUGACAUUUGUCGGACUAGACAGAAAGAUCAAGGUGUACCUCACGGGGGACAUCCUAGCUUCAGACAAAGUUGAUGGAAACUCCAAUGAAAUAGUUGAGGGGAUAGCAGCCUUAGCUGAUGUUCAUGUGGAGUUGCCUGUGCACAACCUGGGACUCAGCAGUGAUGAGCUCACCCUGUCAGUCAGUGGCAUGUCAGAAGCAUCAGGCCUGUCACUGGCCUUCUAUGACGUCCGCACCUUCAUCAACAAGGCCCGACCGCAUAAAUUGCCAUUUGCGACUCUACAACUGAGAGCCGGCCUGGGCAUUAUUGUGCAGGACCUCAAAUGGAACCCGGUGCAGGUGUCCAUGCUGGCCACUUGUCUGUCUGACGGCAGCAUGAUGGUGCUGGAGGUCACAGACGGCAUCACUGUGCAGGCCCAGCUACCCGCCACAGCGGGCAUCACCUGUGUAUGUUGGAGUCCCAAAGGAAAGCAAGUAGCAGCAGGAAAAAUGAAUGCAACAGUCAGUCAGUAUACUCCAGGGCUUCAGGAGAAGAAAGUGAUCCCCUGCCCAAGCUUCUACAGCUCUGACAACCCUGUCAAAGUGCUGGAUGUGCAGUGGCUGAGUACGUUUGUGUUUGCUGUGGCAUAUGCAGCAGCCGACGGCUGUCCGGAAACACCUCCUGAACUGGUGGUGAUCUCCCUCCCUACAAAGACAGAGAAGAGGGAGGAGAGGUACCUGAACUUCAACGACCCGGUGUACGGCACCUGCACAGAGAGACAGCACCACUACUUCCUCAGCCACAUAGAGGACUGGGAUGUUGUUCUUGCCGCAUCAGCAGCCUCCAUUGAAGUCAGUGUCAUCGCCAAGCAAGAAGAUAAGACCAACUGGGAGCUGUGGCUGCUGGAGGAUGCCAGCAGGGGAGAGCUGCCUGUCUCUCAGAAUAACGACGACACGCUGCCCCUGGGCAUGGCCAUCGACUACACCAGCCAGCAGGAGAUCCACAUCACCGAUGAGAAGACUUUGCCCCCGGCGCCCACUCUGUUGCUGCUGUCUACAGACGGAGUGCUGUGCCCCUUUUCACUGCUCAACUUCAACCCUGGGGUCAAGCAGCUGGUCGCUGCCCCCACCAGCCUGGCCCUGGACGGAGAGAGACUGCCCCCUGCAGCUCUCCUCUCUGCAUUGCAGGAUCUGCAGCUCCCCCACCCCCUUACCCUACCUCCUCUCUCCCAUCAGCCCCUGCGGCGUUCCCUCCGCUCCGCCUCCCCUUGGCCACCACACCAAACCCUCCUCCCCCUGCCUCCUCCCCUGCCUCUGUUUCACUGUUCACCGCAGCCCCAGCUCCAGCCUCCUCAUCCGGCUUCUCGUUCUCCAUGCCCCCCCUCUUCCACUGCUCCCUCCGCCUUCUUUCUGGGGGGCUCUACAGCCUUCAGCGCGAGCCCAGCCUUGGGUAGCUUCUCCUUCUCCUCCAAGCCCCUGACAGAGACCCCAGCCGCAGCUUCGGCCUUCUCCACCAGUGCCCCCAAACUUCCAGUGGUCGAAAUGGCUCCAGUUCCGGCCCCCACUCCAAAGCCCAUCCCCCAGCGCCUGGCCACCGCCUCCCCCAUCAUGGUACUCCGAGGCACCCCCGAGCCAACCACUCCCGCUGUGAAGAUGAACCUCAAUGACAGAUUCCUGGCAGUAGAGACCCUUGCUGCAGCUCCAGCCUCCCAGCCCUUCUCCUUCAACUCCACACCCAAAGCUGCCUUCUCUGAGCCCAGCAGCCAUUCCGCUCCUCUGCCCAUAGUCACCAAGUCUGCAGCCAUGCCAGGCCCAGUCCAAACCGGUACACCCCCCACGGUUGUACAGAAAUGUUCCCCAGCCACCCAGACAAGUGCACCCACACCACAGGCAGCGCUGAGUGUGAAUGCCCUGGAAAGGCAGCUGCAGCAGAGGAAGGGCUCAGACCCAGUCAUGGCUGGAAUAAUGGAGGAGAUCGCCCACUUCCAGAAGGAGUUGGAUGACCUGAAGGCACGCAGCCACAAGGCAGACUUCAGAGUGGGCACCACAGAGGAGAUGAAGGAGCUGAGGAAGGAGUCUGAGGACCUCCACGUCUUCACCCUGGAGAUCAAAGACACCACUGAGUCUCUCCACGGGGACAUCAGCACUCUGAAGACCACCAUGCUGGAGGGCUUUGCCGGGGCGGAGGACGCAAAGGCCCAGAGUGAGCUCAACAGACACCGGGGCUACCUGCAGCUGCUGUACAAGAAACCACUGGACCCACGCAGUGAAGACCAACUCAAGGAGAUCCGCAGGCUGUACCAGUAUGUAAAGUUUGCUGUGGAGGAUGUGAACGACGUGUUGGAUCUGGAGUGGGAGAAACAUCUGGAGAAGAAGAAGAAACAGAAACACAUGAUUGUCCCAGAGAGGGAGGCUCUAUUCACAGCCCUGGCCAACAACCUGGACAUCAUCAACCAGCAGAAGCAGAGGCUGGACACACUGGUCAAAGACCUCCACGCUCUGCGGCUCUACAACAAGACUGCAGCCUGGAGCACUCCUGCCCCCAGCCAGCCCUGCCAUCCUGCUGCUACCACCCCCACUGAACAGGGUUUGGACCACGAGCUGGAGAGUUUGAGGGAUGCACUCCUGAAAGCCAGUCUGGAGACCAUUCCCAAGACCACCUCGAAAUCGCCAGCCAAAAUGUCUCCGAUGAAGCAGUCUCAGCUGCGUAACUUUCUCUCCAAGAGGCAGACACCACCAGUCCGCUCCACCGCUCCAGCCAACCUGUCCCGCUCGGCCUUCCUCUCUCCCAAAUACUACGCGGACCAGGACGAUGUGAGCUCCACCUCCUCCCUGUCUCAGGCUCUGGACCCAGAAUACUCCCAUUAUUUUGCGGAGGAAGAACCAGAGCCUGCCCCCCCUCCCCAUGCUCCCCCUCUCUAUGCCCCGCCACCCCACGGUGGUACGCACCCCCUCCAUAGCCCCAGGGUUUGGGGCCAUCCAGUCCACUCCCUUCAGCAAGGUGUGCCAAGGCCUGGGCCUCAGCCCCAUCAUGAGCCCAGUAAUUCAUCAAAUUUUUCUCCAGUUCCAACCAAUAAGAUCAACAUGGGAGGUGCCGACAGCACGGCACUAGCCACUAAGACUGUGAAGCACGGGGCCCCGCCUACUGAGAAGGCCACACCCGUCCCCCUUCCUGCCCAACAGGCUGCUGCUAAAGCCGCUUUCCUCAGACAAAUGGCCAAUCAGAAACCAGCAGUCAGUGGCUCUCUGACAGAGUCCACCCUGAAGACUGUUCCCCAGGUGGUCAACGUACAGGAGCUCAAUGACAAAGGAUUGCCACCGCCUGUCUCCACUGUGAUCAGCUCCUCAGUCCCAGCCCCGGUCGGUCAGGUUGUUCAGCAGGUUUUGGCUACAGUGGCCAACACCAACCAGGCCAAACGAAAUUCUACUCAAGGCAUACUGAAGGUGUCCGCUGAGAGUGUCUGCUCAGCUUCCCCCCAGGGUUUUGUGUUUGGCGGACCCCCUAAAGCUGAUGCCCUAGUCUCCCUGCCCCCCUCCAGCUCAGCCCCGUCACUGGGGGAGCAGAGCAGCAAAGCCUUCUCCUUCAUCGCAGCGUCUGCCGGGGGCUUCAGUUUCUCCUCUGCGCCCCAAGGAGCUCCACCAGUAAAGGAUGUGAGUAAAUUCUCCUUCAGCAGCGCUGGCGGCAGCACAGGCAAGAUGAUGUUUGGCUCCUCUACCGCGGAGGAACCCUUCUCCUUCACCCCCAAAUCCACCUCCCCCGCCCUGGGGGCCAACGGCUCCCCCACCCCUCUUCCCAGCAUGUCUGGCGAGCCUGUGAAGCCCACCUCCAUCACCCCCACCCCCAGAGUGGAACCCCAGGCCCCCAAGGUGGUAGGAGGAGAGACCCUGGGGAGUUUCUCAGGUCUACGUGUUGGCCAGGGGGACGAAGAGAAGCCCUCAGCGGCCGCGUUUAGCUUUGGUCAGCCGGACAACGGAGCGGCGCUCGGGUUAGGCACGGGGGCAGCCCAGUUUAGUUUUGGGUUGGCCCUCCAGCAAGGGAAGCUAGCCGAGGCUGCAUUUGGUGAGGCAGAUUCCACACUGACAGACUUAUCCAAGGCUGCAUUUAAGCCUCCCGAACCAGCCGCCCUGUCUGUCACUAAACCUGUGUUCUCCACAUCAGCAGCCACCUCCUUCAGCAGCCUCCUAGCGGCACCCCUCUCUUCCCCCUCAACCACCCUGGAGACGGAGCACCACAAAACCCCCACCACCCCGGCAGACUCCAUUCCACCCCUAGAGCCUUCUUCCUCACAGCCCAGCCCCUCCGUCAGCCCCCCUAUCGCUGAGCCUGAGGUUACUACCUCCCCAGAGUCAUCAGUCACCCCCACCCCUACCAUCCUGAAAAACCCCCAACGCCCCCAGCUCCCCCGCCACCUCUACCACCUUUUUCCCCCUGCCUCCAUCACCCCACCAGCCCAGGCAGCCCCAAGCACCACCCCAGAGCCUGUCCAUGAGUCCGCGCCUGCCCCUGAGGCCUCACCACCCGCAAUCACCCCCACCCCGGAGGCCCCACCACUAGCCUACCCGGCCCCCAGCUCGGACAAACCUGGCUCCAUAUUCACCCAGCCACCAGCCGUCAUCGCAGUUAGCACAACUGUAGCCGUCACCAGUCUCACCCCGGUCAUCAACACUGCAGCCCCCGCCUCCACCACCCCUACCAACUCCAACUCUGUAUUUGGGCAGCCCGCUCCAGCCUCAGCGGCUGCCGGAGGCUUUGGUUCCACCGGCUUCGGUGCUCCCCUUGCUACAGGCGCAGCAGCUGGCUUCGGGAAACCCGUAUUCGGACAGACAGUAGGCGGGUUUGGCCAGCCUGCUGCUAAUGUAGCCGGUGGCUUCGGUUUUGGCCAGUCUGCAUUUGGGGCCAACCCCGGAUUUGGACAGCCCACAGCGGCCUCCCCUGCUGCAGUUGCCAGUACCACUGCUAGCGGAGGUGGUUUGUUUGGAGCCCUCAGUGUCAGCAAUGCAAGUGGCUUUUCCUUUGGCUCCCCCAGCGCCAGUACGGCCAGCAGUACGGGCACAGGCCUGUUUGGGCAGCCGAGCGCCACCCCGGCCUUUGGGCAGCAGAGUGCUGGGUUUGGACAAGGCUCUGCGUUUGGAAGCAACACCACCACUACAUCCUCUACUGGUUUCAGCUUUGGACAGACUGCAGCUUUCGGAAGCUCCUCCACUACCUCAGUGUUUGGUCAACAGCCCAGUGGUGGGAGUGUCUUUGGACAGCAACCAUCCAGUGGUGGGGGUCUGUUUGGGUCUAGCUCUGCCACGGUAGCAGGCUCCCAGCAGGCAGGGGGAGGCUUCUUCAGUGGCCUGGGGGGGAAACCCAGUGAGGACGCCGCCAACAAGAACCCCUUCGGCACGACCGCCGCCACCGGGGGCUUCAGUCAGCCCAACCAGACAGGAGGACCCACCCUGUUUGGGAACAGCGGGGCCAAAACCUUUGGCUUUGGCUCUCCAACAUCAACAUUCGGAGGGGGGGAGCAGACGGCCAGUGGGACCUUUAGCACGGGAGGCGGGAGCGUGGCCGCUCAGGGGUUCGGCUCCUUCUCCACCCCUGCCAAACAGACAGGUGGUUUUGGGAGCGCCCCUGUGUUCGGUAGCCCUCCUGCUUUUGGGGGCUCCCCAGCUUUUGGGGGGGCAGCAGCGUUUGGCUCAGCACCCUCUUUUAGCAGUCCCAUGGGCUCCUCAGCCAGCAAGGUGUUUGGAGAGGGAACGGCAGCCGCCAACGUGGGAGGAUUCGGCUUUGCCUCCACUCAACAAAGCACACCGUCGUUUGGUGCACUGGCCAACCAGAGUGCCCCGUCCUUUGGUAACCUGGCCCAGCAGCAGCAGGGGUCAGGGUUCGGAGCUGCUCAGCUCAGCGGCUUCUCUGCGUUCGGACAGCAGGGAGGAGGAGGCUUUGGGUCUGCGGGUGGAUUUGGUUCCAAUCAACCAAGAUGGCCUGGACAACAAUAAAGAAUAUACCCUUUUUGUCAUUUUUUGGAGAGGGUUUUCUGUUUUGUUUUUUUGCCUACAAAAAUGUUUGAUAUGAAAGUUCUGUCCACAGUGUCUGUUUUAAACAUGUAUUGUUUGUUUACCCACAGUAAAAGAGGUUAAUAAAACUCUAAUUUGA